AUGAACUCGCAACAACGCUUGGAACACGCCAUCUCCAUAGCGGCCGACCCUUUUUCCGAGCCUGAAAUCUACUACGGCGAGCCCGAUGGACACCACCGUCGGCGCACGUUCUCGGCCGACUUGAGAUCGGUCAAUCGGGAUGAUAUCAAGGAGUUUCUCGGAAAGUUGCCCGCGCGUCGAGGAAGUCACGAUGAAUCGACUUUGGCAUCUCGCAAGUUCCUAAUUGAUGUUGACAAGACGAUCGCAUCUCUGCUCGAACGUGAGGAUACUGAUCAGAAUAUGGAAAUCACAAUCGAGGAUGUUGGUCCCAAGGUCUUCUCAGUGGGAACAGCCGCUUCUCACGGGUAUAAUAAAUUCGAUGUCCGAGGCACCUACAUGCUGUCUAACCUGCUCCAAGAGCUCACAAUAGCAAGAGAAUACGGUCGCAAGAGAAUUGUGCUUGACGAACAACGCCUGAGUGAAAACCCCGUUAGCCGCCUGUCUCGCUUUAUCAAAAAGACUUUCUGGAAUGCCUUGACUCGAAGAAUUGAUGGCUCAAAUAUCGCCAUCGCUGGGUUAGAUCCCAAGGACUGGACCGGCGACCCGCGACCCCGUAUAUAUGUACCACCAGGAGCACCCGAGCAGCUAGAAUACUACAAGAGAAUCGCCGAGCAGAAUCCGGAGAUGGGGCUGGAUGUUCAGCAAUUGGAGGGUCCCAUCACCCCGGAAUACGUUAAGAGCUUGAAUUCCAAGCCAGGCCUCUUAGCCUUGGAGAUGGAGAAGUUCAUUAAUCCAAGGACAGGCAAGGAAGAUCUACGAGGUGUUCCUUUUGUCGUCCCAGGUGGCCGGUUCAACGAACUGUACGGCUGGGACAGCUACAUGGAAUCGUUGGGUCUGCUGGUUAGCGAUCGAGUGGACCUGGCCAAGGGUAUGGUGACCAAUUUCUGUUUUUCUAUCAAACACUACGGCAAGAUUCUCAAUGCCAAUCGCUCAUACUACCUCACACGAUCGCAGCCGCCUUUCCUCACCGACAUGACAUUGAGAGUGUACGACAAGAUCAAAACAGAACCCGGUGCGCUCGAGUUUCUACGAAUGGCGACACUUGCAGCAAUCAAAGAAUACUACAGUGUAUGGACUGCAGAGCCACGAUAUGAUCCCGUCACAGGUCUUUCACGGUAUCGUCCUGAAGGUCUAGGCGUUCCUCCAGAAACCGAAGCCAGCCACUUUCUUCACCUUCUUACGCCAUAUGCUGAAAAGCAUGGCUUGUCAUUCACAGACUUUGUCAAAGCUUACAAUGAUGGAGUCAUUACCGAACCUGAUCUUGACGAAUAUUUCCUACAUGAUCGCGCCGUUCGUGAAUCCGGCCACGACACAUCUUACCGCCUGGAAAGAAUCUGCGCUAACUUAGCCACCGUCGACCUCAACUCACUUUUGUACAAAUACGAAGUAGACAUUUCACGAAUCAUUCGUACCUACUUCAAAGACAAGUUGACGAUACCUUCAGACUUCCGCACGCCGCAAACCGCAAACAUCGAGUUUGAAACAUCGUCUGUUUGGGAUCGUCGAGCAAGGAAGAGAAAAGUCACCAUGGAUAAGUUGAUGUGGAGCGAGGAGAAGGGCAUGUUCUUUGACUACGAUACAGUCACGAAACAUUGCAUACUCUAUGAGAGUGCUACGACAUUCUGGACCAUGUGGGCUGGACUGGCAACUCCAGAACAAGCCUCCAAACUGGUCCGACAAGCUCUGCCUCGACUCGAGGAAGCUGGCGGUCUGGCUUCUGGAACCGAAGAGUCGCGCGGAGAGAUUAGCCUGACUCGACCUAAUCGUCAAUGGGACUAUCCCUUUGGAUGGGCUCCGCAGCAAAUGCUGGCAUGGACGGGUCUUAUGCGAUAUGGAUAUCAAGACGAUGCGGAGCGGUUGGUUUAUAAGUGGUUGUACAUGAUUACCAAAGCAUUUGUCGACUUUAACGGUAUUGUGGUGGAAAAGUACGAUGUCACACGUCCGAUCGACCCUCACCGAGUCGAAGCUGAAUACGGUAAUCAAGGUUCAAGCAAGACCGGAUUUGGUUGGGUCAACGCCAGCUACGUUUACGGCCUUGAAAUCCUGAAUGCGCAUCAGCGACGAGCGUUGGGAGCAGUGACUCCGUACGAGACGUACAGCAAGGCUGUUGAUCAGCAAUUUCCUUUCUAA